AUGCGACUAUUGGAAGACUGGAACCAGUAUGUAGAGCACCUUGGAUUUUAUUUCAUAGUGAACAAAAUUACUGUGGAGGAAAAGCAGAAAGCCAUCCUUUUGAGUUUAUGUGGUAGCAAGACGUACAAUCACAUCUGCAGCCUGAUGGCCCCGAACACGCCCAAUUCUAAGUCCUUUGUUGAAUUAUUGGACCACUUCAGGUUGAGUCUCGUGGUGGGGCGGACAGGAAGUUGGCAGCUGCACCGUCAUGUCCACGCGCAUUAUUUAAAAGGCACCCAGUCAGCCAAUCAUUAUUGCCGCCAGGACCCUGAAACAAAGAUGGCAGCGGAAGGCAGCAAGUUCUGGUCCCAAGUCCUUGCCUUAUUUCUGGGUUCCUACACUGCCCUGGAUUUCACCUAUCAUGAUGCUCAUCAGCUGCAGAGUUUCCUUCAGGGGAUCAGAGCCAAUCACUCAGCCAUCACCCAUCUGUACAGCAUUGGAAAAUCAGUAGAUGGGAUAGAAUUAUGGGUCCUUGUCAUUGGAAAAAAUCCACAACAACAUAGCAUUGGAACUCCUGAAUUUAAGUACAUUGGAAAUAUCCAUGGAAAUGAACCUGUUGGCAGGGAACUGCUUUUGCACCUGGUUGAAUAUCUUGUCACCGGUUAUGGUCUGGAUCCCAAUGUUACUGCACUGGUGGACAGCAUGAGGAUUCACAUCCUUCCCGCUCUGAACCCCGAUGGGUUUGCGAUUUCUAAGGUUGGAGAUUGUGAAGGAGUAAAUGGACGAUAUAAUAAAAAUGGACUCGACCUGAAUCGGAAUUUUCCUGACCCGUUUGAAGAGAAUCGUGUUGAACGACAGCUUGAAACCCAAGCCAUGAUGGAUUGGAUCCAGAGCGAGCCCUUUGUACUUUCUGCAACUUUCCACGGUGGAGCAGUGCUGGCCAACUAUCCAUAUGACAACAGGAAGCCAGAUACGUUUUCAAAUGCAACCUACAGCAUGGCACCAGAUGAUGACAUUCUGAGAUACAUUUCAAAAGUUUACUCUACAACCCAUGCCAACAUGUUUACAGGAAACCACUGCGGCUUGACAUUUGCCGAUGGGAUUGUAAAUGGAGCAGAGUGGUACGCAGUGAAAGGUGGGAUGCAGGAUUAUAAUUACGUAUGGGGUCGAUGUCUGGACAUAACACUCGAGCUCACCUGUUGUAAAUACCCACAAGCUGAUCAACUACCACAACUCUGGAAUGAUAAUAAGGCAGCAAUGCUAGAAUUUAUGAGGCUAAUACAUCUGGGUAUUAAAGGACAAGUCCUCGAUGAAAAUGGCAAUCCCAUUGACGGCGCUGAGAUCCAGGUUGAGGGCAGAGAUAAUAUUCUUCCUUUUACCUCUACACAAAAUGGUGAAUAUUACAGGAUCCUUCUUCCAGGAAACUACAAUAUUAAGGUACAAGUCAAAGGGCUAAUUGUUUCUGCCAUAGGUUAUGAGGCCCAGGUAAAGAAUGUGCUUCUGCACAACAACAGGCAAAAUUAUACAGCCAUGACUCUAGACUGGACACUGAAGAAGAGACCGUGCAAACCAGACUUUAGCCACCACAAUCACUCUGCAUUAGAGGAGUUUCUGAACUGCACCGCUUUGAAGUACCCAGGCCUCACGCAUCUGUACACUGUGGGCAAAUCCACUCAAGGAAGAAAUCUAUGGGUGAUGGCUAUUGGAAGAAAUUCUACUGAACAUGAGAUUGGGAGACCAGAAUUUAAGUAUGUUGGCAACAUUCAUGGAAAUGAGGUUGUGGGCCGUGAACUAUUAAUCCACCUCAUUUUCCACCUGGUGGCUUCCUAUGGAAAUGAUCCAGACCUCACCCUCUACCUGCAUCACACACGGGUGCACAUCAUGGUUUCAAUGAACCCCGAUGGAAACCAGAUCUCCGAGGAAGGGGACAAGAUGGGCCUCAAAGGAAGAUAUAAUGCCAAUGGGGUGGACUUGAACAGGAACUUCCCUGAUGCACUGAAUGUGGCCCACCAUCCUGUGAUUCAGAAUGAGACUCAAGCUGUGAUGAGUUGGUUACAGGACCAUCCAUUUGUCCUGUCUGGAAGCCUUCAUGGAGGAGCAUUGGUUGUAAAUUAUGCUUAUGACAACCUACCACCCAGUGAGUUCCAAAAACCAGUGGCAUUGUAG